CGCCCCGGGCUCCUUCGUUUUGAUUCCGGGGCCGCCGCGAGUCCUUCCUGCUGCCGCGGGCGGGGAGGGGCGGGAGGCGGCUCGGCGCGGCGCAGCCUCGGCCCUGCUCGGGAGCCCCCCCCCCCCGCCGCCGCCGCCGCCGCGGGCCCGCCGCCCUCGGGCCGCCGCAGCAUGUGAGCCCGGCGGGGCGGGGAUGCUCUGGCUGCUCUGCGGCCCCUCCCGCGGCAUGGAGAACCAGGUGCUGGUGAUCCGCAUCAAGAUCCCCGACGGCGGGGCCGUGGACUGGACCGUCCACUCCGCGCCGCAGCUGCUCUUCAGGGACGUGCUGGAUGUCAUUGGUCAAGUUUUGCCUGAUGCAACGACAACAGCGUUUGAAUAUGAAGAUGAAGAUGGUGAUCGGAUUACUGUUAGAAGUGAUGAAGAAAUGAAGGCCAUGCUGUCCUAUUAUUACACCACUGUGAUGGAACAGCAAGUAAAUGGACAGUUAAUAGAGCCUCUACAGAUAUAUCCAAGAGCCUGCAAGCCUCCUGGGAAACGGAACAUACAUGGCCUGAAGGUAAAUACGCGAGCAGGGUCUGCUAAUAAUAGCAGUUCAGCAGUCUCGGAUUCCCUUCCAAGCAAUAGCUUAAAAAAGUCUUCUGCAGAGCUGAAGAAAAUACUAGCAAAUGGCCAGAUGAAUGAACAAGACAUACGGUAUCGAGACAUCCUCGGUCAUGGCAAUGGAGGCACAGUCUACAAAGCAUAUCACGUCCCUAGUGGAAAAAUUCUAGCAGUAAAGGUCAUACCCUUAGAUAUAACACUGGAACUCCAGAAACAGAUUAUGUCGGAGUUAGAAAUUCUUUAUAAGUGUGACUCAUCAUAUAUCAUAGGAUUUUAUGGUGCUUUUUUUGUAGAAAACAGAAUUUCAUUGUGUACAGAGUUCAUGGAUGGGGGUUCUUUGGAUGUUUAUAGAAAAAUUCCAGAACACGUCCUGGGAAGAAUAGCAGUAGCUGUUGUGAAAGGCCUUACCUACUUAUGGAGCCUGAAGAUUUUACAUAGAGAUGUGAAGCCGUCCAAUAUGUUGGUGAACACACGAGGACAGGUGAAGCUGUGUGACUUUGGGGUUAGCACUCAGCUGGUGAAUUCUAUAGCCAAGACGUAUGUUGGAACAAAUGCUUAUAUGGCGCCUGAACGAAUUUCGGGAGAACAGUAUGGAAUUCAUUCUGACGUUUGGAGUUUAGGGAUUUCCUUCAUGGAGCUUGCUCUUGGGAGGUUUCCAUAUCCUCAGAUUCAGAAAAACCAGGGAUCUUUAAUGCCUCUCCAGUUAUUGCAGUGCAUUGUUGAUGAGGAAUCGCCCGUCCUUCCAGCCGGGGAGUUCUCCGAGCCAUUUGUACACUUCAUCACUCAAUGCAUGAAAAAGCAACCAAAGGAAAGGCCAGCACCUGAAGAUUUAAUGGGCCACCCCUUCAUCGUGCAGUACAACGACGGCAACGCAGAAGUCGUGUCCAUGUGGGUGUGCCGGAUGCUAGAGGAGCGGCGAGCGAGCCAGGGACCCCAGUGAGCCGUGCGGGCCCACCGCAGCGCGCAGGACAGCAGGUCGUGGGACGAGCAGAACCAGCCCCACACCUCGGACUGGCAGUGCAUCUGGAUCGUAUUUUGCUAAAAAAUAUUUUAUAGAAGCAUCGACAAAAUCUUUCAGGAUAUGUUGCUGCCCUUUACCCCCUGCCUCACAUUAAGGAAUUUUCUUCACACGUUUCUUUUGUUGCUGAGCAAUUUAAUGUCCUCAGAUAAUCUUCAGUUUAACUGUACACAGCCUUAAAGCAAGUAUUUUAUAUCUAUAUUUUUUGUUAUUGAAUGUAUUGUAUAUUUCAUGGCUCCAGAGUAUUUUUUAACUGCUGGUCUUUUGCUAUGGUAAGAGGGACGUGCUGACUGUUCAGAGGGCUUCUUAAGGAGCUGCUGGCUGUCUUGGAGAGCAGGCAUCCACACAAGGCUUGUUCAAAAGUCUGUUUGUUUUAAAAAUAAUAAUAAUAAUAGGUUUCUGGACUUGUCCCUCAUGGGAGGAGGCGAGGGAUUGCCCUUCCCCAAUAAAAGCAUGUCGGCUCUCUCA